AGGGCGUCUUGUGCGAAUUCGCCUGCAUGAGAGAGAGGCUGUGCGACUAUUUAAGCCUCUACAAAGUUAAUGUAGACAAGUUGACAUUUCGUCAUCUCAAUUAACCGGUGAGCUUGGUGGUUUUGGAGACAGGCUUCUGACAUCAAGCACGCAGCGACUGGAUUGCCGAAUACAAAUUAUAUAGGCUAUCCUAAAGUAGUGCCAAUUUUACCCACGUUGGACUGUAAUAUUAGUCGACUUUUGAAUCAGGCUGAAUGGAUAACACACCGGCGUUUCGGGUACAUUUCAGCCUCUAACAUGAAUAAAACGGAAUACAGUGAGAGACAGCCCAUGGAACGCAAACGAGGGCAACUCUUCAACUUUUUGGAAGUGGACGAAGGACGACUUGUUACAAAGGAACCAGCAACAUCCUGAUUUUUUCACCUCUGGAUUUGGGUUUAUUCUACAUUUCGCCUAGACAUGGAGACAGUCGGAAAGUUUGAGUUUAAUAGGAAAGACUUGAUCGGACAUGGUGCCUUCGCAGUUGUGUUCAGAGGGCGACACAAAAAGAGGCAUGAUGUGGACGUAGCUGUGAAGUGCAUAAACAAAAAGAACUUGGCAAAGUCGCAGUCUCUUUUGGGGAAAGAGAUCAAAAUAUUAAAGGAGCUGAAACAUGAGAACAUCGUUGGGCUUCUUGAUUUUCAGGAAAUCUCGGGAUGUGUGUAUCUCGUCAUGGAGUACUGUAAUGGAGGAGACCUGGCCGAGUAUCUGCAGUCCAAGGGCUCCCUGCGAGAGGACACCAUCCGCCUCUUCCUGCAGCAGAUCGCGGGGGCCAUGAGCGUCCUGCGCAGCAAAGGCAUCAUCCACCGCGACCUGAAGCCCCAGAACAUCCUGCUGGCCUACAGCGCUAGCCGCCGCGCCAGCCCCAGCAACAUCUGCCUCAAGAUCGCUGAUUUUGGCUUUGCCAGAUAUCUUCAGGGCAACACCAUGGCUGCCACUCUGUGUGGAUCUCCUAUGUACAUGGCUCCUGAGGUGAUCAUGUCUCAGAACUAUGAUGCUAAAGCCGACCUGUGGAGUGUGGGCACCAUUGUCUACCAGUGCUUGACUGGCAAGGCACCCUUCCAGGCAAGCAGUCCUCAGGAGCUCCGCCUCUUCUAUGAAAGAAACAGAAACCUGAUUCCAAGCAUCCCUAGGGAGACGUCCACCCCCCUGAGGCAGCUGCUGCUGGGCCUGCUACAGAGGAACCACAGGGACCGCAUGGACUUCGAUGAGUUUUUCCAUCACCCGUUCUUGAAGGCAAGCCCUGCACUGAGGAAGUCCUCUCCAGUGCCCAUGCCAUCCUACCCCAGCAGUGGCUCCGCCAGCUCCUCCAGCAGUUCGUCCACCCAGCACCAACUAACACCUACUCAGACGGACCCAGAGACCCCCAGGCCCCUCCCAUUGCCCACUAGCCCCGCCUCCCCUGACUCCCUGCUGCUGAAGGACUCCUCCUCCUCGGAGCCAGAGGACUACGUCAUGGUGCCUGCUCAGUUCAGCAGUGAAAUGGGCUGUGACUCACCAGGAGGACAAACACCAGACAGCCUGAUGCAGAGCGGGCCUGCUGAGUUGUGUGGCAGUAGCUACUGGCAGUCUGUGCCCGUUCCCGUGCCGACCCAGAUCAACUUCUACCAGCGCAUGGAGCAGAACUUAAACAGCCAAUGCAGGACUGCAUUACCCACGCAGCACUGCUGUGGCAAAGCAGGACUCGGCUCUCCCGAGGGAGUCCCUGCGCCCCUUCAGAGGAGGAUGUCAGCAGGGGGUGGCAGGCCUUACCAGCCCUCACCACAAGUUGGAGCCAGCCCUGGGAUACCCAGACAGUCUUCCCCUCAAGGCACCAGGACGGGCAUGCAGGGAACAGAUUUUAGCCCUCAGUACAAGAUCCAGAUCCCAGUGUCACCACCGCGCACCACAGACCCAGGAUCAGAUGGCCAGCCGUGCCACAGGAAGAGGACCCAUGGCCAGAGUCCCGAACCCACCACGCCUAAAUCUGACCUGCGCAGGAGAGCCAGUUCCCAGAACGUGGGCUUAGGCUUCCUGUGCCCACGCACCCGCACCCGCACCAUGCCCAACCUGCGGCAGCUGGAGGCGGGCCAGGGCACCGUGCCCACGGCCACACGGCUCACACACGCCGCCGACAGGAGGAGGGAGACCAUGAAGAGAUCUAUGAGCACGGGCCGCCUGUCGGACAUGCUACUGAAGGCAGUGUUUGGAGCUCAGCUGGAUCGAGGAAGCACAGAGAGCCUCAAUAUGGAGAGACCCAUGGACACCACAGGAGCAGCUGUGAGUCCCACCAGGGCUGUGUUCACGGUGGGCUCCCCCAGUUCCGGCCCCUCUACCCCCCAACACCACGGCAGACCCAGACUCUACACCGGAGGCUCCACCAGCCCAGUGAGCCCAGGCUGGGGCUGCAGGGGUCGUCAGGGAGAGGCCCAGGACGGCUACCCCAGCGUCAACACCAGCCCCCUGGGCAGAGCUGUGGCCUUCGAGCCCCCGGAGCUCCCAGAGGAAACACUCAUGCAGCAAGAGCACACAGAUGCCCUGGGCCACCUGCGCUUCAUCCUGGCCUUCUCCCACUGCAUCAUGGAGAUCGCCGCCACAAAGGCCUCUGGGAUUGAGGCGUGUGAGGCCCCCGAUGCCCCCGACGCCUCCUUCCUGGACCAGAGCAUGGUGGCUGACCAGAUCAGCCUGCUCAGCCGAGAGUGGAGCUAUGCUGAGCAGCUGGUCCUCUACAUGAAGAGUGCUGAGCUGCUCUCGUCUGCGCUGCAUGCGGCCAUGGAGGACAUCAAGCAGGCCAAACUCUACGCCUCCUGCUCAGUCAAACAGGUGGUACGUAAGAUGAAUGAGCUGUACAAGUCCAGUGUGAGCUCGUCGCGUGGCCUCAGCGCCCGGCUGCAGAUGUUCUUCACCACCAAGCAGAGGCUGAUGGACCGCAUCAACAGCAUCACGGCCGAGAAGCUCAUCUACGCGCACGCCGUCAACAUGGUGCAGUCCACGGCACUGGAUGAGAUGUUCCACCAAGGCCAGGCCACUAAGGAGCGCUACCACACUGCCCUUCUUCUCAUGGAGGGCCUCACCUUCAUCAUUACAGAGCCAGCCGACAUAGGCAACAUCGACAAGUGUAAGCUGUAUAUUGAGCGGCGGCUGUCCUCACUAGAGGCAGGGACAUACGUCUGAUGGAGUGUAUACUUAACCUGACUCUCACCUGCUGAUAUGUUUCACCUUGGACUCCACGAAACCAUCUGGGUAUCCCCUACAACCGACAAGUUAUCUAAUUAUGCUCCUUAUAAAACAUCCUUGCAUGUGAUUGGAUAAACAAACUGUCCAUAUCUUUACUGACGUGCCACUUCAGUCACUCACAUUGAACUCGCUGACCCGUGAUGCAGCUAAGACUGACAGGAGGAAGAAAAUCCAUAACACCGCCCCUGGAAAAGCCCACCUGGCGAUCCUGAUUGGCUCAUUUGUUCAGGGAUGAUUCUGACGUUCACAAGCUUCAGAUGGCUGAGUGUGGAAACCCUCGGAACACCCUUGCGUGUACUUUGGCGAAACGCAGCCGGUGGCAAAAGUUGGGUUAUGGCAUAACUAUGGUGUAGUCCCAAGAGUUCUGUCUGUCCUUGAGACUGCCUUCACAACCACCAUUCUGAAGUGGCAGAGCCCUCUCUGUCACUGUCCCUGAUUUCACCAUCACAACCAUAUGUCUGAAAAAAGAACACACAGUAGUCUCAGGGCGCUUUCUGCCCUUGCCUUUUCUUCACCAUCUCCCCCAUGAGUUCUUUCCAAAUUCCAAUAUCCUAUCUCCAGUCCUCCCCAAGUGCUUGUGUCCUUGAGGCUCGAGAUGAUGUCUCAAGACAUCAUUGAUGACAGAAGUCAAUAUCUCACAAAAAACAACAAUUGAACGGUCAUUAUUUUCUCAUUUGCAAUCGGAAUGUUGAAAGGGGCAAAAGUCCCCCAAAAGUUGUUGUGGCUACUGAUAGCCACUGGCUGGCUUGUCCACAUUAUCGUUUUCUACUUGGUGGCGGGGCGUCAUGUCAAGCUCGAGGCCACAAGCACAGGUCGAAGCCGGGAGUUAGGAGAAUGGAAAGAAUCCCAUAUGUAUGUCUGCAGGAGGGCAUACUUCUAGUCCCAAGACACUCACUCUCUGUCCUUUUCCCUACGUCUGAAGGAGGGCACACUGUAGUUCCAGAGUCCUCGCUGUCCCUGCUGUGUUGUCCCUGCCUUUACCAUCGUUACCCCAACCAGCCUCGUCUCCAUUGUCCACCCGGAAAACCUUUGGUGUUGAACUUUUUCUAGAUGUUCAUUUGAGAUGCUUUCUUCCCCCACCUGGUGGUGGAGGGAGGCAUGACGCAUGCCGAUGUGAGUCAAAUCUCACCAAUGAGGAAUGGUUAGAUUGACACAAUCCUCGGCAUAACAAGAUCUGCAAUCCGGCUCUUUGGCUACCAAACACCAAGCUGCUGGUAUGUGCAUCGACUCAGUUCACAAAAGCCAUUUGGCUAACUCAAUAACACCACAGACUCACUGCGUUUCUCUUGGGGACACCCAAAUGGGGACACAGAGAACGAGCGGUGGUCCAGGACUUCAAACCAGGCGAAUGGACUCCCAUUAUUAUCAAGGACAGACUUGACCAAAAUAUUGCCAAUGCAUAACAGACUGCAGGGAGACAGGACAAAAAACUCUAUAUUUUUCCAUCAUACUUUUGAUACUUGAUUUCUGUUAGAUGUUGAAUGAUGUGUGAGCAAUUCUUUCCUUACAACCACUUGCAAUGCAAUCAGACGCAAUCAUUUUACUGUGGAGCGUUGGGUGCUGGUUCAAGUGGAUAACAGAUUUUGCACAGUUCUUUUUUUCUCAGUCACACACAUCAGCCUUUUGGCCUGCAUGCGACUCUGCAUCCCGGCUUGGGACAGGUCCAUAGCAUACUUGGCUGUGUGUGUGUUUUGGGACUGACUGAAUGUUUGGAUCAGAUUAAGCAAUUCAAUGCAAUGCAUUUUAUAUUAGUAGUGAAUGCAAUGUUUAAUGUCAAGUUGUUGAAUGUCAAGGACAAUGUGUCUUUGGAUGUGGGAAUACAGAAUAGCACUUUAAGCACCAGACCUACUGCGCACACAGCAUCUUUGUUUCUUUUAUCCUUCAGCCUAUGUCCAUUCUGUGGCAUUUACGUUAUAUGUAGCACCCUGAUUUUUUUAUGAAUGUGACUGAAUUGAUAUUGCUGUUGUUGUGGUUUUCAAUACCUUGAUUUUUUUUUUACUAUACUUAGCUUUCGGUUGCGUCUUAGUUCUUAGAUUUUAUUUAUUUCAUUUAAAUAGAUGUGUUUACAUAGUUUUGUUUCACUUUCAUACUGAAGCCAUUCAUAUUUAAACUUAAAUUUGUGCUUGGGGUGACCAUGUGCAUUUAAAAAAAAAACUGUUGGCAGUAUCUGUUUCACUGCUUUGAUUCCUGCUAAUUAGGUAUUGGAAGGGCUACAUUGUGUUUGAAUGCACCAGAUCUUUGUUCUGGGAAUAGCGUUACAAAGGUUAAUUAAGAAUCUUUGAAACUACUAAAAAAAAUGGUCACAUGUGUAACACGUUCUACUUUGUGAGAAAAUGUGGUGUUUUUCUGUUUUUAUUGUGAGAACAAUCAUGAGCAUUGUACUCAUCAGCAAAGCAUUGUCUACUGCCUUCCUCUGGUAUUGUAUACAGACUGUGUGAGCUGGGAAAUUUGCCCUCCUGAUGCGGUGAGAUGUCCUGCCAUGCCCCUUGUGUCAGUGUGCAUGCUUCACACAAAAGCCUUCGCAGAAACCUGCUGACCACCAUGACUGGGCCAGGAGAGAAGAGGAGAGCUUCUAUUGUUGUACUGUAGCGGUAACCGCAAGGUUGUUGUGCAUUUGAUGUAGGCUAAGUAUGAGUACAUUUUGCACGCCAGCUGAAAUACUACUUCUGGGCCGAUUUUAAAAGUAUGAUUGAACAUAUUCUCCAAAGGACGUUCAGGAUGUUUGAAUAACCAAUACAGAUCCUGUCUGUUUUUCUCUUUUUUUCCACAAACGUCUGCAUAAUAAUAUGACACAUUUUGUAUUGAUAUUGAUGAGUGUUUUGAAGAUUGUGAGUGAGAGUGCUGUGGUUGUUUUAUGAUAGGAUGUUUGUGCUCGAGUGGUUUCCUUUUAACGAAUGUUUGCUGACAUAACCUGGAUUUAAGAAUGCACAGAACACUGUGGUGAUGACAUUACACAUGGUGUUUUUGAUUUCCAGGAAAAAAAGAUAUUUGUAAAUGAAUUGUUGCAGUAUUUAUAUUGUUUGUAUGAUUUGAAGCCAAAAUCAAAUUGCAUUGAGAAGCACAUGUAUUUGAGUGAUGGAAAUAAAGGAAGAAAAAAAAAAA